AUGUCAAACUGUCGCUUCAGUCUCAAUCCUUCCGAGCGGCUUGUCCUCACCGCCAAGUGCGAAGACUGUACGCUGCAGACUAGACCCCGCUAUUCCUGGUCUCUGAUCCCAGCCUCUUCCAACAACAGCAAGCAGUCUCUUUCAUGGUAUGAAGACACCACUACGAGUAGGACCAAUGCCUACCUUGCCAUCCGGGCUUAUAUAUUUGGAGGAUCUGAGGACUACACCUUGAAAGUGCUCGUAUAUAGUUGGAGUGGCACCAAGACUUUUGCCGAAUAUGCCUUCAAAUCCAACUCCCCUCCACAGCUUGGAACCUGCAGUGCGUCACCCACCGAGGGUGUGGUUCUGCAGACUCAUUUUACAAUACUCUGUCAGGGAUUCGUGGAUGAUGAUGAACCAUUGAGUUAUGAGGUCAGAGCGUUGACGGGUUCCAAGACUAAAACGGGGGUUAGCUCCUUCCAUGAUUCUUCAACAACAGGUACCUUGAUAUAUUUUGGUGUGGAUCCGCAUAUUCCUCCGACUUUCCUACCUGUUGGCACAGCAAGCCGUGAUUUUCAAGUUGACAUUUCCAUCAAGGUAUCUGAUACCUAUGGGGCUAGUAUCAGUACUUCAGUUGCUGUAAAGGUAGCAGAACCAGCAGUAGACACGAGCCAACCUGACAAAACUGUGACUGACACUAUCCUGGAGAUGGCGUCUGGUGAAGAGAGCGCCCUCUCAAGUCUACUAGAAACCGGGGACACUCAGAGUGCCACACAGUUGGUGUAUACGCUCACGUCUUUACUCAACGCGGAGGCCGAGCAUGACGCUGACGAAUCUGCAAGUGCCACAGAGGAGGAGCAGGAGGAGGAAAGUGACUUCAUGGAAGAAAAGAAGACAAAGAGAGCAGAAGCUAGAGAGUCCAUCAUUGCCAACAUCCGUCAGAUAGAACUUAGAGACAUGGAAACGCUACAACAAACCUCAGCUGCCAUUGCCCAGGUCACUCAAGAGAAGGAAGAAAUUUCUGCUGCAGCUCAAUUAUCAGCUGCACAGAGUUAUCAAGAAAUGAGCCAUCUCCUGAGAGAAGAGAGUGGCAGUGGUCACUCCGGAGGGGACAUAGUGGAAGAAACAGCAAGGUAG